GUCAAAACGGCGGCGGUUCCGGGCGGUGAUUGCCUUUCCUCUUCCCGGAGCGGGUGCCGCUGCCCGGCAUGGCUGCCGGCGGAGCGGGGCUGGCUCUGCUGGCGUGCUGCUGGGCGCUGGGCAGCAGCCGGGCUCUGCGGGGUGAGGGCGGGAGCUGCUGCUGCUUUUGGCCGGGCCUUCUGCCUUGGCUCCUUCUUUUGGAAAGGAUGAAAACAUGGUGCGGCUGCCUGGGGGGAAGUUUCAGAUGGGAACCAGUUCUCUGGAGAAGAGGAAUGAAGAAGGGCCGGUCAGGGAGGUGACGGUGAAGCCGUUUGCUGUCGACAAAUAUCCCGUCACAAACAGGGAUUUCAGGGAGUUUGUUAGAGAAAAGAAAUACAAAACGGAAGCAGAAGCGUUUGGCUGGAGCUUUGUCUUUGAGGAUUUCGUAUCUGAAGAGCUGAAAAAAAGAGUCACCCAAAAACUGGAGUCUGCCCCUUGGUGGCUGCCCAUUGAGAAGGCUUUUUGGCGACAGCCCUCGGGUCCUGGCUCCGGCAUAAAGGACAGGCUGGAUUACCCGGUGCUGCACGUGAGCUGGAAUGAUGCGCAGGCAUUCUGCGCCUGGAAAGGGAAGAGGCUCCCAGCGGAGGAGGAGUGGGAAUUUGCUGCCAGGGGAGGACUGGAGCAAAGGGUGUAUCCCUGGGGAAACAAGUUUCAGCCGAACCGUACAAAUCUGUGGCAGGGUGAUUUCCCGAGGGUCGACACAGCCGAAGACGGUUAUCACGGCGUCUCACCAGUGGCAGUGUUUCCUCCUCAGAACAACUAUGGGCUCUACGACCUGCUGGGAAACACCUGGGAGUGGACCGCAUCGGAGUACCUGACUCCGGGGCUCUCAUCCAGGCAGCGCGCUCAGAACAUGCGGGUCCUGAGAGGUGCCUCCUGGAUUGACACUGCAGAUGGGUCUGCAAAUCAUAAAGCUCGUGUUACUACCAGAAUGGGGAACACGCCAGACUCGGCCUCCGACAACCUCAGCUUCCGCUGCGCUGCUGACAUCCCGCCUGUCAUGGCUGAGAAAAGCCAGACCAAACCCGAGCUCUGAGGAGGUCACUCGGGAAGACCUGAAGGCAUUUUCUCCUGUGGAGAUGAACAAACAGUAACCCCCAGCAGUCACUUUCAUUAAACCCAGUUUUAAAAAUUAAAAAUAAAUCCUUUCAGCUAAAA